ACGUUUGAAUGAUUAACCGCUCGUGAGCUAGCAAAAGACGUUCUGUCUUAAAAGAUUUAGGUGUUUGGAGUUCCUCCUUGGUAGCAAUUAAUACAGUAACGAAGAAUAAACUGUCGUAGUGAAUAAAAUACGUUAAUAAUAAGCAACUAAUGCAACUUCGCCGGUGGUUGUGAUUUCCUUCCUUCAUGGCUACGGUGGUCCGCAAAACCAAUGCUUGUGAUAUCAAAACUCACGAUGUUUUGGACGCGUUCGCUGAUAUAAUUGUUUCCGAUGCUUCGCAUAUUCCUCGAAGUUUGUUUUGUCCGUUUUGUGCCAAUGAAUAUAUGUUUGAUUUCACUCUUAAGGAUCAUUUGAAACGUUUUCAUCCAGAGGAAUUGGAAGAGCGAAUGACUCUGGUAAACAAUGCUGAGAUUGAUGAAUCGGAACCAAAUACGCACCUUUGUCCAUUUUGUGGGGCAAUACUAUAUUUAAUCGGCCUGCUCCCGAAACACAUAGCUAAUUUCCAUGGAAGCAGACACCUUCAAACUUGGCGUCAUAUGAGUGGGAACCUUCUGCUAAUGGUGGAGGAGAAGGAGAAUGAACCCAGCAUUUUGUAUGCUUCUUGUUCACCGGGAUUGAGUGAUAUUUUCGAUAAACUGGGAACCGAUGAGAAGAGGACAAUUACGGAUCGUAAUAAUGACAAUCAACAAAUUAAAUCAAUUCUGAAGAAGACGCCGAGCAAGUCAAGUCGGAUUAUCUCAUCCCCGUCAGGUGUGGCCAUUCGUCGGAGCAGAAGUGAGCUUGUAAAACGAUCCGCUUCGGUGAGGAGGGAACUGCGCUUUGAUCUCCCACCUUUGCAAAAGACACCCGAGCAAAGUUUAAUUGAAAAGUAUAGUAAAUGCCUGGAUUUCAGAAAGCUGUUCCAAAUCAAAAAGAAGAAUAAACGUGUGAGGUCACCAAAAAAGAAGGUGAUUGACAGCCCAGCUCACAGUCAGGAAAUCAUCACAAGCACUCCAAUCAACUUCCUAGACGAUGAUUGUGACACCAAAUCGAUUUGGGAUCGGCAGGGUAGCAGACAGCCGAACAUACGCCCGCUACUGUUCGGUUCAGAGCGUUUCCAGUGCGCUCGGUGCAAGGAACGUUAUGCCAGCAAUGGAGAUCUUAGAUUGCACCUAAAGGAUAGCCACAGCGGCGUUAAAAAUGUGCUGAGACCUCACUAUCAAUGCGGCCAAUGUGGAAUCAAAUUUUUUCGUAAUAGUUGUUUGCUUCGACAUUGCCGCUUUCAGCAUACUCCGAAACGAAUGCGGAUUUAAGAGAUUAAUGUGAAAGUGGAUCCAAAGAAAAUUCAACAUUAAGCGGAUUCGGUUACCUAAGCGAUUUUCAGCAGGAAACUGGCAUACAGAGCGCCAAGCAGCUUACAGAUACUAAUUUAUGGACAAGAUAUUUUUAAGACGUCUUUUUUUCUACAUCGAAGAAAGUAAUAUAUUAUAUUUUAUAUUUAUUAAUAAAUAUACAAUUUUAUAAUAA